UCCCCUCAGAGUAUUCCCCUUAAAAUUUCUUGCAGGGCUGGUUUAGUGGUCACGAACUCUAAUUUUUGUUUUGGAAAAUUUUAUCUCUCCUUCUAUUUUGAAUGACAGUCUUACUGGAUGAAGAUUUCUUGGCUGCAUAUUUUUUCUGAUUCAGCGUAUUGAAUAUAUUCUGCCACUCCUUUCUGGCUUGCCAAUUUUCUGUGGCUAGGUCUGCAGCAAAUCUGAUCUGUCUUCCCUUAUAAGUUAAGGACUUUUUUCCCCUUACUGGUUUCAUGAUUCUUUCCUUGCUUGAGUAUUUUGUGAAUUUGACUAUGAUAUGCCUUGUUGAUGGUCGAUUUCUGUUGAAUCUAAUGGGGGUUCUCUGUACUUCCUGGAUUUUGAUGUCUGUGUCUCUCCCCAUGUUAGGAGAGUUUUCCACUAUGAUUUACUCACGUAAAACUUUUAUCCCCUUUUCUUUCUCUUCAACUUCUGGGAACCCUAUAAUUCAGAUGUUAUUCCUUUAUAAUGAGUCACUGUGUUCUCUAAUUCUUAUAUCGUACUGUUUUGCCUUAGUUUCCCUUUUUUUCUGCUUCAUUACUCUCCAAAUAUUUGUCCUCUAUAUCACUGAUUUGCUGCUCUAUUUCAUCCCUCUUUGCCACUGUGGCAUCCAUUCAUAUUGCUGCUCAGUUAUAGAAUUUUUAAUUUCAUCCUGACUAGAUUUUACUUCUUUUAUCUCUGCAGAGAGGGAUUCUAUGCUUUUUUGAACCACAGUUAGUAUUCUUAUUAUUGUGAUUCUAAAUUCUGGUUCAGACAACUUGCUUGUAUGUGUGUUAAGUCCCUGGUUGUCAUUUCUUCCUGUUAUUUCUUUUGAGGUGAAUUCCUUCAUUUUGCCAUUUUGAAGGAAGAAAAAGGGUUAAUAAAAUUAAAAAAAAAUAAAAAUUACAAAAUUAAAAACAACACCAAAAAAAUCAAAUAAAGGGUGCUAACUCCUAGGUGUGGUUUGGUCUGGUUGUUGAAAGAAGCUGUAUAGAAUAGAAAAAAAAGGGGGGGGGGGAAGGAAACAAAGGGGAAAAAAUAGGAAAAAAAAGAAAAAACAAAAAAAGGAAAGCAUCGAAAAUUUCAAAAAAUGAAAAAAUUAAAGAGAAUAAAAUGAAAUAAUGAAAGUAUAAUAGAAAUUUGAAAAUUUACACAAAGUAUAAAUAUAAUAGAAAAAAGAAAUAUCUUUUUUAUAAAAACGGAAAACAAAAUUUUUUCUUUCUGUAUUCAAGAAUAAGAAAAGAAAAAGAAAAAAAAAAUUGAACGGAUGGACCAGUGAAAAGAAUGAAAUAAGAUUGAAAUUACAUCCGGCUUCCCCUAGAAGUCAAACUAUGAAGCCCUUUAUAGUCCACAAACUAAUCAGGGAGAGAGAUUUGUGCUCUUGCAGAGCAUGGUGGCCCAGUUGGGUGGGAUUUAGUGUAGCCACCACAUUUUCCACUAGAUGGCGCUACUUAAUUUGCUGGGGUGGGUCACUGUGGUGCGUGUAGGCGUGUAUGCGCAUGCGUGGGAGGCGUCAAAAUGGUGUCACACAGCUACCCGUCUCUGGUAUCAGUACUCUGUGCUCUUGCUGACUGGCAAUCAAGCACACCCCUCCUGUGUCUCUGGCUUCCGCCUCCUCCCCGCUUCUACACUGUGACCAAGUUGUUCAGCCUGCCAGGUGGUACGUGCAUCCUGAGUUUUAUCUCAGUCGGGCCGCGUCUCCAAACCCCUCCCUUCUGAGCACCCUGCAGCUUUGACCCGCUCAGAGCCUCUGGUGGAAGGUCUCGCCAGUAAUGGCUGGGUGCCGGCCCACCCCCUAGAACGUUGGCAGGACUGUGUUGCGGUAGAUGCUCAGAGACUGCGGCCGGGUGCCAGCCCGCCCCAGAGAAGGUUCGCGCAAUCGUGUAGCAGCUGUGGUUCAGCGAUUGUGGUAAAUCACAACACCCACCUGGCACCAGGCUUCAGUGAACUGUUAACGUCUUUUUUCCAAUACCAGCGAAUGUGGCUGUUCUCUGCACAGGACCAGACGUCCUCCAGCCUAAAGACCCCUCUGCUCUUGCUGUCUGCUCCUGGGCUUUCGCCCUUCCCACCAGAGCACCACCAGGGGCAAUGGCAAGAAGCUGAGAGCAGGCAGAGGAGGCAACUGUGCCCAUCAUCCUUCCUUCUAAUUCUGUAAAGGAGCAGGAGAAUCUGGAAAAAGUACAAUUGUUAAACAAAUGAAGAUCAUCCAUAAGAACGGUUACAGUGAGCAAGAAUGCAUGGAGUUCAAAGCAGUAAUUUACAGUAACAUAUUGCAAUCCAUCCUAGCUAUUGUGAAAGCCAUGACUACCCUUGGGAUUGAUUAUGUGAAUCCCAGAAGUGCAGAAGACCAACGACAACUUUGUGUGAUGGCGAACACUCUGCAAGAUGGUGGCAUGACACCUGAACUGGCUGAGGUGAUAAAAAGACUCUGGAGAGACCCAGGACUUCAGACCUGCUUUGAAAGGGCAUCUGAAUAUCACCUCAAUGACUCAGCAGCUUACUACCUUAAUGAUGUAGAUAGAAUCACAGCUCCUGGAUAUGUCCCAAAUGAGCAAGAUGUUCUACAUUCUCGAGUGAAAACAACUGGAAUCAUUGAAACUCAGUUCUCCUUCAAAGAUUUGCAUUUCAGAAUGUUCGACGUAGGAGGACAGAGAUCUGAGAGAAAGAAAUGGAUUCAUUGCUUUGAAGGCGUUACAUGCAUUAUAUUUUGUGCUGCGCUCAGUGCCUAUGACAUGGUCCUAGUGGAAGAUGAGGAAGUGAACAGAAUGCAUGAAAGCCUUCACCUAUUCAACAGUAUCUGUAAUCACAAGUACUUUGCAACCACCUCCAUUGUCCUGUUUCUCAAUAAAAAGGAUCUCUUUCAAGAAAAAGUAACCAAAGUGCAUCUUAGUAUCUGCUUUCCAGAAUACACUGGACCAAAUACAUUUGAAGAUGCAGGGAACUACAUCAAAAACCAGUUUCUAGACCUGAAUUUAAAAAAAGAAGAUAAGGAAAUUUAUUCCCACAUGACCUGUGCUACAGAUACCCAAAAUGUCAAGUUCGUGUUUGAUGCGGUUACAGAUAUAAUUAUCAAAGAGAAUCUAAAAGACUGUGGGCUUUUCUAAUCAGCCCUUUUUUCUUCCACUCUUGUUCUUGUACACUUUUCAAGAUAUAAAAGGAAAGGUGCUGUGUGAUGUGUUUAGUUUUAAUACUAUUAACUUAUCUAGAAAUAUAACUAGUGUUAUAAAACAAACAUUUUUCAUAUAAAAAUUUUAAUAUAUUGUCAGCUCACUCUGGAUGUUUCAAUUUCUUUGGCACAGUGAGGAUGGGGGUGUCUUUGAUGUCUGAUGUCCUUAGGUCUGAAAAUAUACAUUUGGCAAAGCUCUAUCAGUACAUAUCACUGACACUGAAUUUUCUUGGUAGUAAAUUUCUGUAUUGUGGUCUAUUUUUAAUUAUAGAACAAUGAAAAAAUGCAGAGUAUCCCAUAUUAUUUUCAUUGGCUGGAAUUUGAGAGACAUUUGUUUUCACUGAUAUGUAAUUGUGCCCGUACUAUAAAGACUAUUUAUUAUUGGCCCAUUACUCCUAUUCAGUAAGCUGCAAAUGAAAUGUUCACUCUACAUGUAAUUGUGGACAGGAAAUUUUAUAUGCAAAAGAAAUGCACACAAUUUUAUCUGUCAUGUUUCCCUUUGAGAAAAGUGAUUAAUGCUGAAUUUUACCUUAGAAUUGAAGAUUUUAACACAAUAUCAUUUUGUAUCAGCCUAGUUAAAAAUGGGACCGUGUAUGGUCAAAUAUAUAGCAUAAGGCUGUUCAGGCUGAACAACAGUCCUUAAUGGAGUACUUAUUCUCACAUUUUGCUCCAGAGUGGCAUGGAGCAUUAUUACAAUUGAUGGUUUAGGAACAACAAUUUUAAGCCACAGAGAGGAAAAUAACUCAGUUUCUUAACACUAGUAUGUUUUGCUUUUAUGAAUAAGAAGUAGGAAGUAAGAGUGAGUAAUUAGGAGAUUUUGUGGAAGAGAAACAUUGAGCUUUUUAGUAUUGUAAGGGCCAUUCUAAAUGCUAUACAGUAUGCUAAUGGUCAAGCCUGUUUUUUUAAAACCUAAUCUGGUGCCUUACAAACCAAAUCAUAUGAUUUGCAAAAAAAGAUGACUUCUUCCUUUCUUGAAGUGUGUAACAUUUAUAACAUAUACUUUUCAAGCAGGUCUUAAUACUGUUUGCCUUCUACCAUGGGAAAAAGAUGAUACAUAGGUCAGAAUAGUAGGUCAAUGCAUGAGAUUUCUAACUACCCUGAAAAGAGAGCUAAUUAGGUUUUUACAAGCUAGAUGAGGAAAAGGUAAAUUAACCCAUUUGCCAAUCUGAUGAAUUCAGGUAGUUUUGUCUCAAUGUCACUUCUUCACGGUUCUGUAACACUUCCCUUCUAAACACUUAAGAAUUAUCACUAUUCCAUAAGUAGCCUUGACUGGGGUGUCUGUGGCUUUAUUUUCAAAACCAUAAAGGAGUUUUCAACAAAUACAUUCCUACAAAAAUUUCAUAGUAAGAAAAAUUAAUUGGAAAUUUCUUUGCAGAAUAUAAAUUUUUAAGGAGCCUAAGAUAGCAAGGACAAAAAAAAGAGCAAACAUUUAGCGUGAGAAUUUAAUAAAUUUUUCUGGCUGAACCAAUAUCUAUAUGACUAAAAACAAUAAUGUGCUAGGAGAUAUUCAAUGUUAAGAGAUUUUACAUUAAGAUUGCAAAUGCUAUCAUUUCAUCUAUUGCUUUAUCUUUUUAUUUUCUCCCAUUCUCCUUUAACCUGCUUUUCUCUACCAGUGUGAAGACAAUUUCCAGUAAAUGAACAAGAUGUUUUGUGAAAUGUUACUAUUAUUAUUUGGAUUUUGACUCUGUCUUACCCUUAGGAUUUCUCUUUUUGGUGUAAAGCAUGGGGUCAGAAAUGGUUCAUUUUAUCUUUUACAAAUACAUAACUCAUUUCAGUCUGUGCAAAAAAAAAAAUGACAAGCAGAAAUGUUGUAAAAUACCAUUCUGUGAGAAAUUUUAAAUGACCAAACUAAAAUUAGAGGUCAGUUUGGAUUAUGGGAGGGGGGGAACCCUUAAAUUCCUUCCUACCCUAUGCUUGAAAUUUUAAAAAUUUCUUCACAAUCACAAAUUGUUGUUAUCCUAAACAAUGCAUUUUCAUUAAAAAGAGAAAUUUUUAGUAGAGAAAAUAGAUGUUUGCAUUAUUUCUUAAAUGAUCACCCUCCUUAAAAUUGAGUCUAUUUGUGAUUUUACUUUUUAAGUUUUUAAUUAAAAAGGUUGGCGUAGAAGCACAGUAUUUUGAACUAAUUAGAGUAACAAAUGGAAAAUCUGGGAAAUCUGGAAAAAUCUUCUGGCUUUUCCCAGAAGAAACUUGUACUGAGACCAACAAUGUUAAAGUUGGUUAGAAUUCAAUAUUCCAACUGCACAGUUAGUGUUGUUGCUUUGCUAGUGUCUCAAAGAGGCAGUCUUAGCCUUUGUCAAAGUUCAAAUGUUAUUAUACUGAUAUUCUCCUUUUCUGUUAUUUGAGGUCUCUCUUCCUCACUCAGAAUGUUCUCAAAUCCUCAUGCCUUAGAUUUGUAACACUCCCAACUCUUUCACUUCUAAAAUGUGCCCAACUGUGGACACACUACAGUACCUCAGAGAUCUGGGGCAGGCUUCCAUCUAAUGGGGUCACCAUAAUUAAUCCUUGCAGAGUUUUUCCAGAAGCGUGAACUGGUGAACAGAUAAGUCUUUGCACCUUGGGACUAGUGACUACAGAGUUAAUUCAAGAAGAGUAUUAAUUGGUAAUACCCUUGAAUCAAAUAUUAAAGUUGGUGACUCGAAAAAGAAGCUCUAUAGAAAAGGGUUUUCAAAUUCUAGGAAAUCUACCACAUACAUUAUAGAUAUCCCAUAUCCUAUUGAUUAACAGAAUUUAUAAACCAACACCAGUCUUCAAGUGUAUCCUACAAAUUGGCAAACUAAUUCUUCAGGCUGUGGGCCUGUCCUAACACGGGUUUUUUUGUUUUUGUUUUUGUUUUUUACUUGAUCCAUUAUCUUAUUUAAUCACGAAAUAUAUUUUCAAAUAUUUGCACAGAAUCAUUCAGGCUUGACUUAGUCAAACAAUAUGUGAGGAAAAAUAAAUUUUGUGUGUGGACAUAGGUUUUUCCUCUGUGACAUCACUUCAGAAUCAGCAGUGGAUGAGCUGGUUCACAUGAGUCAACUACUAAAAAUAAGAUAUUUGUAAGAACUAUAGGAGCAACUGUGAAUCCUCUCACUUAGAAUAACUUUAAAAAUAAGAGAGGCGACCCUCCAUCUUGUUGCAGUAAGUAUUCAAUUAAUUGAUAAUCUAACCAGCUGGGGCCUUCUUUCUUUUUAGGCCUUUCCUGACAAUCUUACCUACUAGUCUCCAGCCACAUGGGGGCACACUAACAUCAUGUGUUUUUCUACCCAAAUGUUGCACAAAUAAUAAAUUUAGAUGGCCAACAGCUUUAAUGAGACAGAUAAUAAAAUCCUACUAAGAAAUAUAACUCUGUUGUGCUUCCCAGGUCAGUAGGAUCUGAUCAUCUUCUGAUAAUCAUAAUGUGCACUAUUUGAGCCAAAUCUGUGAAUAACAAAUCUAUCGAAAUAGGUCCAAAUUUGUUUCGUGAUAUACAGACACUUAGUCUUUUCUCAUGCUCUAAUUUCUAUUUUUUUUUUGACAUUUUGAACCUGUUGUUUAAAUCUAAGUUAUCAUUAGUUUUGUACAGUGUGGUUUUCCAUAUUGUUUCUAAAAUAUUGUGUCUAAAAUCUUGAUUAGCUUACAGAGAAAUGUAGGAGAAAAAUAAUUUGAUGUUUAACCACUAGGUUUCAUGAAUAGUAAUUAAAUGGCUGCUUAUUAAUGUGUUUCUUUUCAAUAAAUCAAAGUAAAAUUCCA